AUGCUUACGAGAGCUGCCGCAAGAAAAGCCGCGGAAGAGAAAGCAAGAGCUAAGGAAGCAAGUUCUUCACAAAAUAUCGAGAAUAAAGAUGAUUUACCUAGUGAUCCAUCUGACUCACGAGAGGAAGAUGAGGAAACCCUAACCCUUGGUUCCCUCCUCUUCCUUAACAGCCUUCUUCACGUUCCCCUGCUCUCCCCGCGCGCGCCCCGGCCGCCUGAGCAUGCCGCCGGCUCCCGGAGCUGGCUGCUCCUCCACCUCCUCCAUUGUUCCUUGCUUCACCACCCUUCACCCCCCACUUGUGCUACUACCAGGGUGAACCCUUACCCUCGGGCUCCACCUCUGACAGCAGGCCCAACCUCGGCGACCAUCUCCGUCGGACGCCGCCACCACCGAGCGCCGCCGCCGCCGCCUUGGCAAUCCUGCGGCCAAGCUCGGGCAGAUCCGGUCGAGGUGGUUAGAUCUCUCUCUCUCGCGCCGCCGCCGCCUAGGGUCGGCCGCGACGCCCUCCCCCGACCUCCGGCACCCCCUCCCCCGGCCGGAAGGGUCGCCGCCGCCGCCACACGCCUUGGGCGCCGCCGCCCAGGGCUGCAGACCGAGUCAAGCUCGGCGCGGUUGUGCCCGAGCCGCGGGCUGCCGCUGCCGUCGCCCGCCGCCUCCUCCUCCCCCUGCGGCCUCUGGGGACCCGCUGCCGACGCCCCCGACCUGCCCCAGCCGCCGCCGUGGCUGCAGCAGCCCCCGGACCCGAGGCCUUGCACGUGCGGGCUCAAGUCUCUCAGCCGUCGCCGCCACCGCUCCCCGCCGCAAACUGAGGAAACCCUAACCCUUGGUCCCCUCCUCUUCCUUAACAGCCUUCUUCACGUUCCCCUGCUCUCCCCGCGCGCGCCCCGGCCGCCUGAGCAUGCCGCCGGCUCCCGGAGCUGGCUGCUCCUCCACCUCCUCCAUUGUUCCUUGCUUCACCACCCUUCACCCCCCACUUGUGCUACUACCAGGGUGAACCCUUACCCUCGGGCUCCACCUCUGACAGCAGGCCCAACCUCGGCGACCAUCUCCGUCGGACGCCGCCACCACCGAGCGCCGCCGCCGCCGCCUUGGCAAUCCUGCGGCCAAGCUCGGGCAGAUCCGGUCGAGGUGGUUAGAUCUCUCUCUCUCGCGCCGCCGCCGCCUAGGGUCGGCCGCGACGCCCUCCCCCGACCUCCGGCACCCCCUCCCCCGGCCGGAAGGGUCGCCGCCGCCGCCACACGCCUUGGGCGCCGCCGCCCAGGGCUGCAGACCGAGUCAAGCUCGGCGCGGUUGUGCCCGAGCCGCGGGCUGCCGCUGCCGUCGCCCGCCGCCUCCUCCUCCCCCUGCGGCCUCUGGGGACCCGCUGCCGACGCCCCCGACCUGCCCCAGCCGCCGCCGUGGCUGCAGCAGCCCCCGGACCCGAGGCCUUGCACGUGCGGGCUCAAGUCUCUCAGCCGUCGCCGCCACCGCUCCCCGCCGCAAACUGAGUUUAGCUCUUCCUGA